CAGGGCGGGACGUGGUUGACGCCAUCUCCGGGCGCCCGGCCUGGAGGGGGGUGCUGGGUGUGGGGCGGCUCCAGGGCCGGGGAUGGCGGUUGCUGUGGCUCCGGGACUACCGGGAGGAGCCCAGGGAGCGCUGUGAGAUGGGCCGACUCCCACAUCAGCCGGGAGGACGCUUACCACAGCUACCUGGAAGCACCACCAGAAGUUCAGCAGAUGUGGGCACCCCAGCCAACAGCAGAGAGGGGUGCAGGGAAGCCACAGAGAAGCCCCUUCUGAUGUCCCAAGGAGCAAGCCAGCCCCUUCCAGGCUUCAGGAACACCACAAAACAAUAUGAAACCUGUUCAUGAGAGGAGUCAGGAAUGCCUUCCACCAAAGAAACGAGACCUCCCUGUGACCAGCGAGGAUAUGGGGCGGACUACCAGCUGUUCCACAAACCAUACACCCUCCAGUGAUGCCUCUGAAUGGUCCCGAGGGGUUGUAGUGGCCGGGCAGAGCCAGGCUGGAGCCAGAGUCAGCCUGGGGGGUGAUGGAUCUGAAGCUAUCACUGGUCUGACGGUAGAUCAGUAUGGCAUGCUGUAUAAGGUGGCUGUGCCACCUGCCACCUUCUCACCAACUGGCCUCCCAUCUGUGGUGAACAUGAGCCCCUUGCCCCCCACAUUUAAUGUAGCGUCUUCACUGAUUCAGCAUCCAGGAAUCCACUAUCCUCCAAUCCACUAUGCUCAGCUCCCAUCCACCUCACUGCAGUUUAUUGGGUCUCCUUAUAGCCUUCCCUAUGCUGUGCCACCUAAUUUCCUACCAAGUCCCCUCCUUUCUCCUUCUGCAAAUCUUGCCACUUCUCACCUUCCACACUUUGUGCCAUAUGCCUCACUCCUGGCAGAAGAAGCCACUCCUCCCCCCCAGCCUUCAUCCCCAGCCCAUUCAUUUAACAAAGCCUCCCCUGCCACCUCCCCACCUGGGCAGUUGCCACAUCACUCAAGUACUCAGCCACUGGACCUUGCUCCAGGCCGGAUGCCCAUUUAUUAUCAGAUGUCUAGGCUACCUGCUGGAUAUACUUUGCAUGAAAACCCUCCAGCAGGUGCCAGCACAGUUCUUACCCAUCAGGAGGGCCAGUCUGCUCUGGAAGCAGCUGCUGCCAAUGGAGGACAGAGACAAAAAGAGCGAAAUUUAGUAAGGCGGGAAAGUGAAGCCCUUGACUCCCCCAGCAGCAAGGGUGAAGGCCAAGGACUGGUGCCAGUGGUAGAAUGUGUGGUGGAUGGACAGUUGUUUUCAGGUUCUCAGACUUCACGAGUGGAGGUGACGGCACCAGCUCAUCGAGGGACCCCAGACACCGACCUUGAGGUCCAGCGGGUGGUUGGCGCUUUAGCUUCUCAGGACUAUCGUGUGGUGGCAGCUCAGAGGAAAGAUGAAUCCAGCCCCCUCAACCUGUCCCAUCAUACUCCUGACCAUCAGGUUGAGGGACGAGGGUCAGCCAGGAACCCUGCAGAGGUGGCAGAGAAAAAUCAGGCCCGUGCGUUCUAUCCUCAGCCCCAUCAGGAACCAGUGAAACAUAGACUUUUACCCAAAGCAAUGGUUGUAGCCAAUGGCAACCUGGUGCCCACUGGAACUGACCCAGGCCUGCUGCCUGUGGGCUCAGAGAUCCUGGUGGCAUCAAGUCUGGACAUGCAGGCCAGAGCCACCUUCCCAGACAAAGAGCCAACACCACCCCCUAUUACCUCUUCCCAUUUGCCCUCCCAUUUCAUGAAAGGCGCCAUCAUCCAGCUGGCUACAGGGGAGCUGAAGCGGGUGGAGGACCUCCAGACCCAGGAUUUUGUGCGCAGUGCCGAAGUGAGCGGGGGGCUGAAGAUUGACUCUAGCACGGUUGUGGACAUUCAGGAGAGCCAAUGGCCUGGAUUUGUUAUGCUGCAUUUUGUGGUUGGUGAGCAGCAGAGCAAAGUGAGCAUUGAGGUGCCCCCCGAGCACCCCUUCUUUGUGUAUGGCCAGGGUUGGUCCUCCUGCAGCCCUGGGCGGACUGCACAACUCUUCUCUCUGCCCUGCCAUCGACUACAGGUGGGAGAUGUCUGCAUCUCUAUCAGUUUACAGAGCUUGAACAGUAACUCGGUUUCUCAGGCCGGCUGUGCUCCCCCAAGCCAGCUGGGUCCCUCUCGAGAAAGGCCUGAGAGGACAGUUUUGGGACCCAGAGACCUGUGUGACAGUGAGGGGAAGAGCCAGCCCACAGGAGAGGGCUCCCAUGUGGUAGAGCCCUCCCAGCCUGAGCCUGGUGCUCAGGCCUGCUGGCCAUCCCCAAACUUCCAAAGAUACAGCGUGCAAGGGGAGGAGGCACGGGCUGCGCUGCUCCGUCCCUCUUUCAUUCCACAAGAGGUAAAGCUGUCCAUCGAAGGGCGUUCAAAUGCGGGAAAAUGAACCUCUUUCCCAGACCAGGACUGGGGCUUUUACCCCAGAGGUGAGCCUCACCGUGAGCAGGCAGAGGAUUUGCACACGCCGAGCAGGGAAUGGCUCUCUUGGCAGUGAGAUUUUGGGGGAAAGGGGAGGCAUCAAAGGCAGCCUUCCCAAGGCAGGAUCUGUUGUUGCUUCUUACCCCUUGGCAUCCUUUAAGCACAGCCCCAGGGGGUGCUGUGAUAGGGUGCAGCAGGCCUGGGGCAAGAAAGGGAGGGGGUGCACAUAGGAAAAGAAACAUUCCAAAAUCAGGGCCUCCCUGCUCUUUCCUCCCUAUCCCUAGCUCCUGCAAGGGAAAGUACAGGCUUUGGGAGCAGGUGGCAGAGAGGGGGAGCAAUGAAAGAGCCAAAAAUGAUGAUCCACAGCUUAUAGUAGCAGUAAAACUGUCUGAAGGUUUUUUUUUUGUUUUUUUUUUUUCCUUUUUUUGUGGUGGGAGGGCAGGAGGCCCCAUGGUUAGAAAUAAGAGGGUUCCCACCCAGAACCCUUCUUGUGAGAGAUGUGCACUUUAAAGGGUGAUUUUUGUUACAGAAAUCUAUGGCUGGGUGUGUGGGAGAAGAGCACCCUCAUUGCAGAACUCUGCUUGAUCCUCUGCUUCAGCCCUUUCCCAUCUCUCCUCACCAUUACCAUUCCUCCACUGAGGCUUCUAGCAGCUUGGAGGCCAGGAGAGAGAGAAGCCCUUCGAGAGUUCAGAGUGGAGUUCUGCCUUGCCAGGGACCCAGUCGGGACUUUGGGAGAAAGAUCUCACAGCCAGGUGACUGGGCUCUAGGUAGGGCUUCUGGAAAGGUAGCUGACCUAACAAAGCUCCUCCUACUUAGUAUACUGGGCCUGCUUUGAGAUUUUGUUGUGUCUCUAGUUGGUAAUGGUGACUUUGGUAAGAAUCAGUGGACCUUUUCCCCAGGCACCUUCACCCCUCUGUUGUCUGUGUAUGUUGUGCCUAAGUGCCUGCACUGCCCCACCCUUCUGCCACUCUAGCCUCUGCAUGGUGUCUUGAGCUGGGCCUUGUGUAGCUGCACUGCCUUUCCUCUUCUGCAAAAGUGGCUUUGUCCACUGUGACCAAGACCUCUAGUUUCUGGUAUGUAGGGGUCCCUGGUUUCCCCAUCAGCUAAGUUUUUUCUUUUUAAGAACUCUAAGUCACGGCCCCUCCUCUUUUACUGCCACAUAGGUUGGGGGAGAAACAAAAAGGGAACCAUGCCUUGGACCAAGGCAGAUGCACCUGGCUAGGCAAUUCCCAUUCUGGUAUUUUCAUAUGUCCCCCUCUUACGUUAUUUCACUGCCUCUCCUAGCAUUCAGUUCUCUCCAGGCUAUUCCCUCCCAUACCAGCUGUAAGGAUCUAGGAUAGUCUUAGUAACAUUUUAAUACCUAAAGUAUAUUUCGUUUCGUGAUGGUAUUUUCCUAUGCACAGAGUAUUUUCAAUCUUAGUUGCAUGUGCUACCCUUUGUCUUAAACCCACAUUUAUUUUUUUCCCCACAAUUUCUAGUAUGUUUGGACUGUGGGAUUCUACUGGGUAUUGGGAUUUAGGCUCCCCCACCAGCUAUCAGGUGGAUGAGUGGCCUUGUUUGUUUGAUUUGGGGGAGGGGGUCCUUUAGACUCUUGAAGGCAACUCAGGGUAUUGUCCACUCAGCUCUCUGGUUAGAUUUCUCCCAGGUAUGAUCCUGGCAUUUCCUUUUAUAAAUGGAAUGGCCAAAGCCUGGCCUGUCAUCAGGAGUCCCAAAUCUCUGAGGUCUGAGUUCUGCUCUGUCAAAGACUGUAGGCAAGUCUUACGACCUCUCUUUCACUUCCUCCCCAGCUGCCAAAUGGGGAUAAAUAAUCUUACCUACCUCCUGGGGGGAGGGGAAGUUCUGAGAAUGGAGUCAUUCUUAGUGUUCAGGUGCUAAAGGUUGUUCUCCUGGGGGAACAGAGUGACUGAAACUGGCUUGUUUGCUACAAGCCCUACACUCCACUGUUUCAUUCCUUGAGAGCAGUUACCUGGUCAGUGAGCUUUACGGAGUCCAUCCAAAGGAGUCUCCUGACCUGACCGCAAGUUCUUCAGUCUCUGGUAUAUGACAGAACCAAAUACCAACUUUGUACUACAUUUGAGAUCAUGUCCUUUCCCUUUUCUAUCCCCCAUUCUCUCUGAAUGCUGCUUUCUCUGAAUGCUUGUUUCCUACGGAGGGGGCCUGUGGGGUUGAGUCUUAAGGAAUCCCCUCAGAUGAGGGUGUUGGGAGAAGGUCUCAUCUCUGGCUGUUUCUUGAGCAACCUAUUCCUUGGGAUUUGUCAUAUGCAUGGGUUCCUCACAAGCAUCCUUCUUAGGAGGGCUCAUUAGUAUAUGAAGAUAGUGAUACAGCAGACACUCAGAAUGUCCACCAUGACCCCAACUAAGCUUCCUUAUAGGAACAAACCUGUAGCUAACCAGAUACAGACCGAGGAGUUUAAGUCAAAUUACCCUCUACUCAGGUUAGUUGUGACUUCCCAGUCUGGUAACUCCCACUGAGUCGUGGAAAGAGAAACUGUGGGAGACCUUGGCAAGUUGAGCCCUGACCUUUCUUCCAUGGUUCCUCUUCUCUUUCUUGCUGGUGAAGCAAUACCAGCAGCUCUCCAAAUAUUGUGCCAUGUAUGUGUAGCAUGUCAAUACUUGAUUUUGCUGAGCUGCAGAGGGAGCUUGCUUUCAUAAAAUAUAGUCUCCAGAACAAGAACCUCUGUGCUCUAAAUCUUGGUCAGAACUGUCAUUGCCCUUGACUUUUCUUCUGGUUCACUCUUUUUUUCCAGACAUGAGAAAUAAGAGUAAACUGGUAUAUCUUAUUUUUCUUUAUAGGAGUCACCUAAGUUUGCAAGAGAAAAGAGAAGUUUUGGGAAAAUGAGCAUUUUAAUAAGAGGUUGUCAGCUUUUUGGAAAUGGGCAGUUGAGGAAGGCAGGUCAGUCCCUAGUCAAUGGUAGAACAUUCCUAGAGCUUAGGGAUAAAAGGGAGGACUGGUAUACUCUGGAAUUGUACAGAAAUCCCUACUUCAAUUUGGAAGAAGGGAUACCUGCUAGAUAGUCUUCAAAAGAUCCUAAGACUUAGAUCACCAUUCCUGUGAUGAUUAUUAUAUUUGGAAAAAGGGAUCUGGGAGUUCAGAGCUUAGUGUUGUACCCAACAAGAGUGGACCCAGCAGAUCUAGACUGACCCUUCUACACUUUUGGUCCCAGUUGGUCAUAACACCAUGGGCUUUCCUCCGCUGCUUUGCCACUGCUGCUCUUGCUCACUGUCCUGCCUGCUGCACUCUGUAGCUCCCUGUCCUUCCAUAUCUUUGGCCAUGUAAAUUAAAUUCAGGCAUUUGUGUAUUCUUAUCUGUUUUGCAGUGUUACUGUAUAGCACAGUCAUGUUGAGUAGGGAUGGUAUGAAAUGCUGCUGGUGGGCUGGUGAAUCCAUAGGGAUAUAUAUGGCUUCAGUGGUAUCAGGAGCUUUCUGGCUCCAAAGAUCUGCCUAUCUUGAGAAAGAAAUGAGCAGCUCCUAUGAGAGGGUAUUUUCUGUUAUAUUACUUCUUUUUUAGUAUCUUGUAUUCUUGUUUUAAAAACUGAGUAGGGAGGAACCACAUUAGGGCCUGUGCCAGCAUCCCAGAAAGAUUCAUGGAGCUCCAGUUACAUGGAUUCUAAGGUUGGGAGAGGGUUUGAAGUUUGGCUGAAGUAACCUCUCCAGUAGGGUUUAGUGUUAUUUUUUUUUCCAAUGGGCACCAUAGGCGAUUUAGGGGAAGCACAGGAUGGUAAUAUGAUUUAAACCUGCAAGAAGCAGGCAUAUGGUAGAGUUGACUGAUCACACUGGAGCUGAAAGUGGACAUGAGAUGACUGGGAAAGGGCCCAGGUCCAUCAGAGUAAAGAUAACCGAACUAACUGAAUUGGCCAUGGGAGAUUAGGCCAUGGUUUUAGAAGCAAAGUAAAUAGAACAGAGGCCAAGUUUUAGGGGGAUGUCUUGACUUCCUUGGGCUAAGUUUAUUAAACCACAUUGAAGCUACAGUAUUUUCCAGAUGGAAAAAGUGUACACUACAGUUGAAGAGAUGAACCCUGCUAAGUUGGAUAUUAAUCAGAAACGUUAGCCCUUUGCUGCGAAGCUUUCGUCCACCAAGUUCCCCGGGGUAGGAAAGGUCUCCCACGUUAUGCAAUAAAAAAAAAAAAUAAGCCUCUGUGUCUUUGCAGUUGUCAGUUGCUCUUUCAACUCUAGGAUCCAUCAUCGGACCAGGAGCCUGGUCUGGGCCUAGGAUGA